AUGAACGUCGGCGUGGCACACAGCGAGGUGAACCCCAACACGCGGGUGAUGAACAGCCGGGGCAUCUGGCUGGCGUAUGUCAUCUCCGUGGGAGUCCUCCACAUCGUUCUCCUCAGCAUCCCCUUCUUCAGCAUUCCUGUGGUCUGGACGCUCACCAACGUCAUACACAACCUGGUCAUGUACUUGCUGCUGCACACGGUGAAGGGGACCCCAUUCGAGACCCCGGACCAGGGCAAGGAUCGCCUCCUCACGCACUGGGAGCAGAUCGACUAUGGGACGCAGUGCACUUCGUCGCGCAAGUUCCUCAGCAUCUCCCCAGUAGUGCUGUACCUCCUCACCAGCUUCUACACCAAAUACGACCCCGCGCACUUUGUCAUCAACACAGCCUCCCUGCUCAGCGUCCUUCUGCCCAAGCUGCCCCAGUUCCACGGCGUGCGGGUCUUUGGCAUCAACAAGUACUGAGGCCCGGCGUGCCCACCGCCGUGCGCGGCACUUCC